UAAUUCCCAGGUAGAUAUAGUGGGAAGCAUUAACCGCCUGACAGACACAGGGUCUCCUCAGUAGAAGGCAAAGAACGAGCCGUUUCACCAUGCUGUGGCUUCUGUUUGUAGUCGGAAUAGGAUUUACCACGGCCGACAGUUCCGGAGGCUCGUAUCUCAUCACGUCCUCCAAGUAUCUGCAACGUGGAAUGCCAUUCAACGUCAGCAUCGACAUCCUCAACACUACCAACACCGUCCAUGUACAAGUGGAGCUGCAACGCAUAUGGAACAACUACACCAACUCUUUCAGGAUCCCUGUUAUAAUGGCCAAAGGCGACUUUACUAUAGGAACGACAGGGACCAUAUCACUGAAUGUGCCACGGGACAUCACUGAUGGAAGUUACCGUCUCCAUGUCCGAGGUAGCGGGGCUCUGCAGUUUGAACGAGAAACGUCCCUCGUCCUCCGUUCCAAGUAUAUUUCUGUCAUGGUACAGACUGACAAGGCCAUGUACAAGCCAGGACAGAUGGUUCAUUUCCGAGCGUUUGGUGUCUAUCCAAGUUUGCAAGUGUACAUGGGGACUUUCAACAUAGCCCUUGUUGAUCCAAACAACAACAUCCUGAAGGAGUGGACGGCUCUCCAUGAAUCUUCUGGAGUUGUGGCUGGGGAGUUCCAGUUGGCAGAUAAGACUGUUCUGGGAGAUUGGGCUCUACGAGUCUCACCAGCGGACCAAGUAAGCGUGACCUCUAAAACUUUUACAGUUGCUGAAUACCAACUGCCCCGCUUUGAAGUCAAAGUUGAUCUGCCUUCGUUCUCCCUGACCUCCGAUACAAAGCUGUCUGGAACAGUAAAAGCAAAAUACACCUUCGGAAAGCCAGUGAAGGGUAUGGUGGAGUUACAUACAUACAUGAACAUCGCAAACGACUACUGUGGAAGACCGCCAAAAUAUGUUGAACUGGCAUUUCCCAUUGAUGGGGAAGCCAAAUUUGACAUUCCUGUUUCCGACAUCAAGCGUCUCCAGAGCAAUCUAAAUGAACAAACCGUCGUUGUUGUCGCCAUCGUGAAGGAGGAGUUGACGGGCGUGAGGCUGAACGGGUCCAAUUCUGUGAAAUACCACCAAUAUCCCUACAAGAUUGAAGUCCUCAAUUCAAGUCCAAAAACAUUCUCACCCAAACUUCCAUAUACAGCAUAUAUCAAGGUGUCCCAACAAGAUGGCCGCCCUGUGACCGACCUCAGCAGCCCUGUUGGAGUGUACACCUGUGUCACAUACCGUAUUGUCCAAGAUGACCAGUCCGAGUUCUCCUGCUCAUCCUUCACCGGCAACUACGGCCUGCCACCGAAAAACUACACCAUUCCUGCCUCCGGCAUCAUCCCCGUGGACAUGCGCAUCCCUGAGAACACCACUAGUAUCAGCGUCAAGGUCCACUACAAUGAGAUAUCCGACACUCUGACUGUCCAGCAGAAGACCUCCUUCAGUGGUAACUUCGUGCAGCUCAAACUCACCAACAAGGGACUCAGGGCGGGUCAGACAGCUAUGUUCAGCAUUGAGUUGACAGAAGAUGUACCCUUCAUAACAUACCAGGUGUUAUCCAGGGGUACUGUUGACAUCACUGACCAAGUCACUGUUAGCGGCCAGAACCCUGUUCACUUCAAUGUCCCCAUCACUGCAACAAUGGCCCCAGAAGCUCACAUCAUCGCGUACUACGUCAAGACAUCAGGGGAGGUUGUUGCUGACAGUCUUAGUUUCAGUGUUGACGACGUCUUUGACAACAAGGUGUCUGUUGACUUCAGUAGGAACGACUCUAAGCCUCAUGACAACAUUGAUGUCUUGGUUAGCGCUGAUCCAAUGUCAUCUGUCAAUGUCCUUGCUGUCGACCAAAGUGUUCUCCUUCUCAAGUCCGGCAACGACAUAUCCACAGAGCAGGUUCUUGAUGAACUGAAGACAUACAGCUCUGGACAAACUGAUGGAGAAUUCUCACCAGAAGUAUUUGCCAUUUCCAGUAGUGCUACGCUCAGCUGAUGUAUUCUCGGACGCAGGGCUCAAUGUACUCACUGAUGCUAAGUACUUCAGUACCUACCACAACGGGUAUUAUGAGUUUGGUACAACUAUGGCACCACAAUUUGCAUUCUCAAUGAGACCAAACAGCGGGAUGGGGGAGCUCUACA